UAAUCAACUUAUUACUUCUAAAUCAUCUCUCUUUCUCAAUCGGGGUUUCUCAGAAGAAAAAAUGGCGGGUAGUUUAACAUCCAUAAUGAAAAUGACAGUUUUGAUAUGGGCAGACUUACUGUCAUUCUAUGCUAUGUGGUUGAUGAUGGCAUACCUAACAGAUGUGUGGAAAAUAAGCUUCACUCAUGCAGCUGCUAUUGUCAAUGUCUUUUGGGGUUUAGUUCACAUUAUACCUUUGAUUCUGAAAUUCAUUGUUGAUACUUUCAUGGGUAGUUUUUGGAUGGUUCUUAUAUCCAGUUUUGCAUAUUGUGCGGGAUUAGGGUUUAUUACAAUGUCAACUCCACCAGUGUUGGCAGAUGCAACAGGAACUUGUAGUGCAUACAAGCCUGAGUGCAUUGGUGAAGCACAAAAAGUCCUUUUUUACACAGCAUUAGCUCUAAUUGUCAUGGGAAUGGCUGGUCACUCAACAUCACUAAAUUCACUCAUGAUUGAACAUGCCACUAUAAAAAGACAAACACAAGAAGAAGAAGAAGAAGUUCAAGCCAGUCAGAUUUGGUCUUUCUGCUUUGGAAUGUUUGGUAUGGUUAUUGUCUACAUAGCCAUUAUUCUAGCAAUUACUUUCAUAAAACCAUGGUCUCUGAGGUUUGGAAUCCCAGCUAUAUGUACUGUGAUUGCAACCACUAUUUUCUUGACUAGCUCAUGUUCUUACAAGUAUGCCAAACCACAAGGAAGUCCUCUUACUACUGUCUUUAGAGUCUUCAUCGCCUUUGCCUCUAAAUUAUUCCAUAAACUCCCAACAGACACCAAUCAACUAUAUGAGAAACAUCAAAUCGAGCUUCCUUCUCAUCCUCAUACUCCUCGCCUAAGGUGUCUAGACAAGGCUGCGAUUAUAGUUCAAAGUGAAAGUUUGGAACAACAAGAGAAGAAUAAGUGGAGACUUUGUAGGGUUUCAGAGGUGGAAGAAACCAAGAGCAUGAUAUGUAUGAUUCCCAUAUGCUUAUCUUUCCUAGUGCUAGGAUUAGUAUCUUCCCUUGGAAACACUUACUUCAUUGAACAAGCAAACCACAUGAAUCAAAAAGUUGGAAAGUUAACUGUUCCAAUUCCAAUCUUCCUUUGGUUUUACGAUCAAUCGAAAUCUUAUUACGCAUCCUCCUACUCACAAUUCGCAAGAUCUUUGUCUCGUAUUUCAAAAUUAAACCGCGGCUUUGUUGCUCCAAUUGGGAUCGCCGUGUCGAUGAUAUUUGCUAUAUUAUGCUCCAUCACAGCAGCUAAGGUGGAGGAACAAAGAUUAGGAGUUGUUGUAAGUCAUGGCUUAGUUGACAAGCCAGAAGAAACAGUUCCCAUGACCAUGUUUUGGUUGUUACCACAAUAUCUUCUCCUUGGAGGGUUAGAUGGAAUUUUAGAGAAUAACAUAACUAGAAUGUUAGCCAAUCAAUUACCUCAAACCAUGGCUCCAUAUGUGACUAUAUUUGCUUCUGGAAUAUCUGGGGUUGGAAUUUUAGCAAGUGUUUUAUCAGUUUAUGUUGUUGGUAAGGCUAGUUCUAAAGGAAUUAAGCCUAGUUGGUUCCAAUACACUUUGAAUAAGAGUCGUUUAGAUAAGUACUAUUGGCUUUUGGCUAUUUUAUGUGUAGUCAAUCUUGUUUUCUUCAUUUUGAUGGCAAUUUGGUAUGCUCAUAGGGAUUCAAAAUCAGAAGACAGAGAAGCACCAGAAGUAAAUGUUGAAAUUACUAAUGAGCCUUUUGAGGAUGAUGCUCAAAGUUAAUCAUAUGAUUUUUAAUUUGUGAGGCCAUAUAAUGAAAUUCUUUGUUAUUUUAUUUUCUUUUAAACUAUAGUAUGGUAUAUUAGUCUUUUUUUCUUGUACUAAAUCAAGUCUUAUGUAUUUGACUAUGUACAAAUCAAUAAUAAAAAGAAUUAAUUGAAAUAAAAUUUCUCCAUAUU